CCUCUCACGAAAGUUGGAGGUUACAUUACACUCCCUGAAAACACUCCGAGGGAUCGUUGGGGAAAUUAAAGUCUCCACAUAAACAAACUGAAUUAAGAAACGGAUUACUUGUUCAUUCUACAUUGUGUGACAGAAUUUGCCACACAUCCGGAAACUACACUUUAAAUAAGCUAUCAAGAAGAACAAAGAAGCUACCAUCCCAGAAAGAGGAUUCUUGUUUUGAAACAAAGAAACGCGUGCUUAGUAUUUCUCAAAGCUCAACCUCGUUUCGAUACAAUUUUAUGUAUUUAGAUUUGUCUUUUUCAGCGAGACGCACUACUAUGGUUAUAAUGGAAGUCCCUAGCAUCGACUGUGCCUCUUUCCGGGCACUCUUGGAGGGAGAUGACCCAGGCUGCCUUGUAUUGGACUGCCGUUCUUUUUUCUCUUUCAAUUCCUCUCAUAUCUCCGGCUCCACGAAUGUGCGCUUCAGCACUAUUGUGCGCAGGAGAGCAAGAGGGGGACUUGGACUGGAGCAUAUUGUUCCAAACGAGGACACGAGAAACAGACUUGUUUCUGAAGAGUACCAGAGUGUUGUGUUCCUCGAUGACCGAAGCUCGGAACUAAGCCAAGUGAAGAAAGACGGAACACUGAUGCUUGCUGUCACUGCUUUGAAUCGUAACCGUUGUGGUGCCAGCGUAUACUUUCUUAAAGGUGGUUUCGACAACUUUUCGUGCGAGUAUCCGGAGAUGUGUACCAAACCGGCAUCCCCUCAAGGUCUGAGCUUGCCCCUGAGCGCAAGUUGUCACCCGGACAGCAGCGAUCCGGGCUGCAACACUCCGCUUUAUGACCAGGGUGGCCCCGUGGAGAUUUUGCCCUUCCUCUACCUUGGCAGUGCCUACCAUGCCUCCAGAAAAGAUAUGCUGGACAUGCUAGGAAUCACAGCUCUUAUAAACGUGUCGGCCAACUGUCCCAACCACUUUGAGGACCAUUUUCAAUACAAGAGCAUCCCCGUUGAGGACAACCACAAAGCUGACAUCAGUUCCUGGUUCAAUGAUGCCAUCGAAUUUAUUGAUUCUAUACGGAACAAAGGUGGCAGAGUGUUCGUCCACUGCCAAGCGGGUAUCUCUCGGUCAGCCACUAUCUGCCUUGCGUACCUGAUGCGCACCAACCGGGUCAAGCUGGAGGAGGCCUUCGAGUUUGUGAAGCAGCGACGCAGCAUCAUCUCCCCCAACUUCAGCUUCAUGGGUCAGCUCCUGCAGUUCGAGUCCCAGGUGUUGGCCUCUACCACCUGCUCCGCUGAGGCAGGGAGCCCAGCCAUGGGCAAGAACAGCACCGUCUUCAAUUUCCCCGUGUCCAUCCCUGUCCACGCGUCUGCUAGCUUCCUCCACAGUCCCAUCACCACCUCCCCCACCUGCUAAAACACUUUAUUGGGACUUGAUGGUGCCUUGAUUGUAGUCCGUCUUGGUGUUUCCAACGACGGGUGAAAUGAAAAUGUUGCAAUGCAACUUUGUCUGCAUGCCACACAGUGGUCUUUUUUGGCCAUGGUGGUGGACAGUUACUCUGUAUGGGAGAAGCCAAAUGUUUUGGCAGUCUUUCUCGAGCACGUGGCAGUAUUGUGGCAAUGUUCAGUAUUGUCGUGGAAGGCGCUGUUGGAUUCAGUCCGUUUAUUGGUGUAGACUGAGUCCAACUAGGUCGGUGACCUUCCUAUAGGGAAAGGAGGCUUCCUCAGGCUUGUUUAUUAAAUGCUGAAGUAGACACUAAGUAUGAGAAAACUGAAAGGGUAUUUCCAGGGUGCUCUGGUUUGAAGAAGAUUGUUGAUGGCUUUUGAUAAUCAGACUGAUCUUUUCUUGUUUUUGUUUUAUCCCUGGAACUCAGUGGGUCAUAUCUUUAGUGUAUGUCUGUCUCAGGAGGGUUUCUCUCUCUGGCUUUAAACUAGUUACUCUCGGUCCUACAUACUGAAGUUGUGAGCCUUUCACAAAGACUUGCUAUGAAGACACUGGGAUGGGUAGACCCCUCUCAUCAGCUUCCUGUAUUUUUUUCUUUCCCCCUUUUUUCCAAGAACAAUGAAUGUAUUUCUCGUCAAUGGCCAUGGACACGUGGAUGGGGAAAUGCAUGCUAUAUGCCAGUGGCUGCCUUUUUAAAUGACUGCAUAGCCCAUUAUCCAUCUGAUUCUGAACCUUCAAUAUAUAAACACAAAAUACCUCAUAACUCAGUACUGUCCCUCCAUAUGGGCACUGGCCCUAAAAGCACUACCAGAGGGGAGUGUUUCUGGAUACUGUUUGACAUGCUUGAUAUUUAUUUAACUAAAGUAAUAUAUUUGUUAUGAUUAUAUAUUUUUUACAGUUGUUUGUGAUAUGUCAUUUUUGAUACUAUUGAAAUAAAAUGUUCUUUUCGUA